CUGUCUGUGUCUGAGUGUUUGUAAUCUGAUUGAAAUCAAAUGAUCAUCAACAAAAUUAAUUGAAUAAAUUAUCAAUCAAUCAAUCAUCAUUAUGAAGUUGAAUAGAAUAUUCAUCAUACAUUUAAUGUCAAUAAUAAUGAUGACAUUAGUAUUUUUAAUCAAAUCAAAUCAAGCAUCGAUGGGUGAAAUGAUGAUGAUGCAUAUUGGACCAAUAAGAAAAUUAAUGUUACUUAAACAUCUAAUGACAAUGAUUUGGAGUAAACAUUUGGGUGGUGGUGGCGGUAAAAAAAAAUGUUAUCCACAAAAUUAUCCAAGUGGUGGUGGUGGUUAUCCAAUGAUGAUGGCUGGUGGUGGUGGUUAUGGAGGAGGUGGUCAAAAGAAAGGCGGAUAUGGAAAAAAACGAAGCAAAGGAUAUGGCCAAUCAAAAAAAUACAAUAGUGGUGGCGGAAAUGGUGGCUAUAUUGGACCUGGUCAAUAUAUGGAUGGUGGUGGUGGCGGCGGCAACAACUAUGGUGGAUCAGGAGGAGGUGGCGGAAAUAAUUAUAUGAAUAACGGUGGUGGCAGCGGAGGUGGUGAAUAUACGAAUGGCGGCAACAAUUAUGGUGGAUCUGGUGGCGGCGGAAAUGAUUAUAUGAAUAGUGGUGGGGGUGGGGGUGAAUAUAUGAAUGGCGGUAGCGGCUAUAGUGGUGGCGAAGGACAAUCUUAUGGAGGAUCAGGCGGUGAUAAUUACAAUUAUGGCGGAGAGAGUGGGGGUGGUGGUGGAAAUGGAUACGGUGAAUCUGGAGGCGAUAAUUAUGGUGGCAACGGAGGCGGUGAACAAUCAUAUAGUAAUUCUGGCAAUGACAAUUAUGGCGGUAAUGGCGGUGGAGGUAAUUAUCAAGGAGAAAACGGUGGUGGGGGAAAUUACCAGGGAGAAAACGGAGGUGGGGAAAAUUACCAGGGAGAAAACGGUGGUGGGGAAAAUUACCAAGGAGAAAAUGGUGGCGAAAACGGAUACGUUGGAGAUAAUAACGGUGGUGGAAAUGAAUAUAGUGGUGGCGGAUCUGAUGAUUCAGGUCCAACACGAACGCUAGAAGAAACUUAUGGUGCUGGUAUUGAUUUCAGCGGUGAUUCUGGUGUUGGUUACGGCGGUAUUGGUGAUACUAUGAGAAAUGUAUUCCUAGGUGAUGGAAAAAAUAAUGGUGGAGGGGGAUAUGUAGAAUCUCAAAACGGUGGUGAUAAUUAUAAUGGUGGUGGAUCGCAAAACGGAGAUUAUAACGGUGCCAAUAAUGGCGGUGGUGGUGAUAACUAUGGCGGAUUUCAAGGUGGGGGUGGUGAAAUGGGUGGAGAUUAUAAUAAUGGUGGCGGUGGUGGUGGAAUGGGUGGAGAUUAUAAUAAUGGUGGUGGUGGUAAUAAUUAUGAUGGAUUUCAAGGUGGUGGUGAAAUGGGGGGAGAUUAUAAUAAUGGUGGUGGUAAUGGUUAUAGUGAACAACAAUCUGGUGAAAAAUAUGCUUCCGGUACAGCAACCGUUGAAAUAAAAUAUCCAGAUAUACAACCAAUAAGAAGAAUACCAACAAUAAUACAUCGAAAUGUUGAAUUACCACCAGUGUAUAAAAAAGCCACGAAAACAAUCAUACAUCAUCCUACAAUCGUUAAUCAUGAACCAUUGAAAAGAAUUAUUGUCCGAAAAAUUAAUGUAAAUAAUCUGAAUGAAUUAAGAGAAAUUAUACGACCAAAACAAUUGAUUGAUGCAUUUGAAGAACAUCAACAUCAACAUCAACAACAAACAUCAAGUUCAAAUCAACAAUUUGUUAUUGUUGAUAAAUUAUCGGGUGAAAAAAUUAAUUCCAAACAAAAAAAUCCUCAUACUGAUAAUGAUAAUGAAUUGAAUAUUGAUUGGAAUCAAUUGAAUGAUGUAAUACGGACAGCAGCUGAUGCUGUACAAAAAUUAAAUAAACAUCAUCCACCAACCUAUGUUGAUGAUAUAAUACCAAUACCAAUUGCAACAAUAACAACGAAAAAAACAGCAACAAAUAGG